AUGGCCGCUCCCACCCCCAAGUCCGACUUAUACCAACAAACAUCGGGUCCCCUCCAACAAUCCGAGGGUAGCUCGUCCCACACCCACCCCAGUCCCACCACCGACGAGAAAGACAUCACCACUACCGAUGACGACGACGACGACAACCCCUCCUCCGACACAGAAGCCGACUAUGACGGCCACCGACCCACCCCGCUCGAGAUCCCGCUCUCGCGCACCCGCACCGCCAACACAGCCCGCUCCGCCAGCACCGUGACCACCGUCACCAGCCACAACCCCAGCAUCACCGGCGGCCGAGGAGGAGGAGGAGGAGGAGGAGGAGAAGCCGACCCGUCCAGCACCACCACCAGCCGCAACAACACCAACCCCACGCUCGCGCGCCGCACCACCACCACCAUCCUCUCGCGGAUCCGCUCCCGCCCGCAACCGACCUUCACCCACCCCCUCUCGCACAUCCCCACCACCACCUCCCAACUCGUCGACUUCGACAGCGCCUCGGACCCCUACCGCCCGGCCAACUGGCCGCUGCACAAAAAAGUCCUCACUACCCUCCUCUACGGCCUGGUGACCAUGAGCGCAACCUGGGCAUCCUCCUGCUACAGCGCGGGCACGGCGCAGGUGGCGGCAGAGUUUGGGGUGGGCGGGCAGACGGCGGUGCUGGGGACGUCGUUGUUUCUGGUGGGGUUUGGGGUGGGCCCGCUGCUGUGGGCGCCGCUGAGCGAGGUGUAUGGGCGAAGGCUGGCGGUGUUUGUGCCGAUGUUUGUGGCGGCGUGUUUUAGUUUUGGGAGCGCGGCCAGUAAGGACUUUCAGACGUUGAUGCUGACGAGGUUUUGGGGGGCUUUUUUUGCGAGUGCACCCGUGACGAAUACGGGCGGCGUGUUGGGGGACUUGUUUGGGCCCGAGGCGAGAGGGGUCGCGAUGGCGGGGUAUGCGAUGGCGGUGGUGGCUGGGCCGGCGUUGGGUCCGAUUGUCUCGACGGCGUUGGUUGUGCAGCCCGGGCUGGGCUGGCGCUGGACCGAGCACCUCGCGGGGAUCCUUCAGGCCACCAUCUUGCUGCUGGCGGUUGUCUUCAUCGACGAGACGUACCCCCCGAAGCUGCUCGUGUACAAGGCCCGCCGGCUGCGCAUCGAGAGCGGCAACUGGGCGUUGCAUGCCAAGUUUGAGGAGUGGGACGUCAGCGUGGCCGAGCUGGCCCGCAAGUUCCUGGUGCGUCCCAUCCAGUUGCUCUGCACUCCGAUCUGCUUUCUCGUCGCGCUGUAUGCGAGCUUCUGCUACGGAAUCCUGUACAUGCAGCUCGGCUCCAUCCCCAUAAUAUUCGGCGAGGUUCGCGGCUGGUCGCAGCUGGUCGCGGCCCUACCCUUCGUGUGCGUCUUCAUCGGUGCUAUCCUUGGCUGUGGAGCGAACGUCUACAACCAGGUGCUUUACAACAAGGCGUACCGCGCUGCUGGCAACAGGGCCGUCCCGGAGAGGCGCUUGCCGCCUAUGAUGCUUGGGUCGGUGCUGUUCGCCGGCGGGCAGUUCAUGACAGGCUGGACAGCUGGGCCCAGCAUUCACUGGAUUGUUCCCUGUCUCGGGCUGGUGAUGCUUGGGACGGGCUUCUUUACCAUCUUCCAGGCGGCCCUGAAUUACCUCGUCGACACCUUCACCGAGUAUGCCGCCUCAGCCGUGGCUGCCAACACAUUCUUGCGUUCUUGCUUUGCGUGCGCCUUCCCGCUGGUGGUCGGACCCAUGUACCACAAUCUUGGAGUCGGUCCCGGGUCGUCGAUCCCGGCUGGGUUUUCUGUCUUGUUGAUACCCGUCCCGUUUGUGUUUUUUGUCUAUGGAAAGCGGAUCCGGGCCCGGUCCAAGUGGUCCCGGGCGUCCGUUCAUGAUGGGGCCAAAGGGAAAAGAAGCUCGUAG